AAUAAAAAACAUGGCGUCCUGCUAAACAGAACUAAAAUAGCACUCCUAAUACCUGCUUUCAGUUUUUUGAGGACUUACUUGUCUCACACAGCCUCAGAAGAUAAAACGACACUAUUGAAGUGAGUUUUGAGUCUUAGUCUGUGAGAAUAUAUUGGUCAAAGGACAACAAUGACAUUUCUAUUCAGAUCUGCUCUCACAAAACAGGGUCUGUUGAUGCCUGUCCUGAAUGUUGUUAGAGGAAUGUCUACUUCAGGAGGUCCCAACCCCCUCUUCACCACCUUGUCAAUCACCCGCCCAGCUGAUACCAUCACUCACGUCGAGUUCUGUCGACCAGAGAAACGCAAUGCAAUGAACAAGGCAUUCUGGAGUGAAAUGGUUGACUGCUUCAAUCAGAUCGCUGAAGACUCAGAGUGUCGUGUUGUGGUUUUUUCAGGUGCUGGGAAGCUCUUCACAGCUGGUAUUGACCUGAUGAGCAUGGCCAGUGAUAUUCUACAGCCUGAGGGAGACGACACCGCCAGGAUCUCAUGGAACUUGCGCCACAUCAUAGGCAAAUACCAGGAAACCUUCUCUGUUAUAGAAAAGUGUCCAAAACCAGUGAUUGUUGCCGUUCAUGGAGCAUGUAUUGGAGGGGGAGUGGAUCUGAUCACAGCAUGCGAUAUACGGCUCUGUACACAGGAUGCCUGGUUUCAGGUUAAGGAAGUCGACAUUGGCCUGGCAGCUGAUGUCGGUACAUUGCAGCGUCUCCCCAAAGUGAUUGGAAGUCGUAGUCUGGUGAAUGAGCUGGCAUUGACUGCAAGGAAGAUGUACGCUGAUGAAGCCAAGAGUUGUGGAUUGGUCAGCCGUGUGUUUCCAGAUAAAGAGACGAUGAUGGCUGGAGCUAUGGAGAUGGCAGAAGAGAUCGCAAGCAGGAGUCCUGUUGCAGUACAGGGAACCAAAGUCAAUCUCAUUUACUCCAGAGAUCAUAGCGUUCCAGAUGGACUGAAUUACAUGGCCACCUGGAAUAUGAGCAUGCUUCAAACCCAUGAUUUGAUGAAGUCAGCUCAGGCUGCCAUGGAGAAGAAAAGCCCUAAAGAAAUUACUUUCUCUAAGCUCUGAGAAUCUCCAGGGGAAUGAGUACUUACUCAAACCAGCUUAAAAAGUUCCAUGAAGACCGCCUGCUGAUUUAUAUUUCAUCUGCAUGACUUUGUAAACAUGAUUUUUACAACUAAAGUGCAUCGUGCCAGCACAAAUUUCAUUCGUUUGCCAACUUAAGUGAAAGCUAACUCUUUCUGGAAUUGCUUUACUAUAAUUGCAGGGAGAUGUAAUAUUUUAUGGGUGCUUUAAAUAAUGUUUGGCACAUAAAUGUUAGUUAAUUAACCAAAAACCUACAAAACAUGUUCAGUGCUGAAUGCUCAAUAACAUUUGACAUUAGAUGCACAGUAUGACUCUUUGACCUAUGCCUUAUCAAUCUUAUGAUUUUUGUGUUCUGCAUUAAAUUACAUUUGAUGGUAGAACUUGGAUGAACUGUGACAAUAUUUUUGCACUUCCAACUCAAACGAAUACUGAAGUAUACACCCGUGGCCAAAAGUAUUGGCAGUGACAAAUUUUGUGUUUUGCAAAGUUUGCUGCUUCAGUAUUUGUAGAUUUAUUUCUUCACAUGUUUCUAUGGUAUACUGGAAAACAAUGAUAAGCAUUUCAUAAGUUUUAAAGGCUUUUAUUGGCAAAAACAUUCAAUAUAUGCAAAGAGUCAAUAUUUACAGUGUUGACCCUUGUGCUUCAUAACCUCUGCAAUUCGCUCUGGCAUGCUGGGUAUCAGCUUCUGGGCCAAAUCCUGAAUGAUGGCGAUCCAUUCUUGCCUUAUUAGUGCUCGGAGUUGAUCACGAUUUGUGGAGGAUUGACCACAGUUUCUAUAUGGGAUUAAGAUCUGGGGAGUUGCCUGACCACGGAUCCAAAAUUUCAAUGUAAUGAUCUCCGAGCCACUUCAUUAUUACUCUUGCCUUGUGACAUCAUGCUGGAAAAUGCACGGAUCAUCACCUAUUGGUCCUGGAUCGUUGGGAGAAGUUGCUCUUGCAGGAUGUUUUGAUACCAUUCUUUAUUCAUGGCAGUGUUUUUGGGCAGAAUUGUGAGAGAGCCCACUCCCUUAGAUGAAAAGCAACCCCACACAUGGAUGGUCUCAGGAUGCUUCACUGUUGGCGCAACACAGGACUCAUGGUAGCAUUCACCUUUUCUUCUGCGGAUUAUUGUUUUCCAGAUGUCCCAAACAGUCGGAAGGGGGCUACAUCUGAGAAAAUAACUGCACCAGUCUUCUGCUGUCCAAUCCUUGUACGUCCUGCAGAAUUUCAGUCUGUCCAUUAUAUUUUUCUUGGAGAGAAGUGGCUUCUUUGUUACACAUCUUGACACCAGGCCAUUGUCCAAAAUCUUCACCUCACUCUGCAUGCAGAUGCACUCACACCAUCCUGCUGCCAAUAUUGAGCAAGCUCUGCACUGGUGGUGACACGAUUCCGUAGCUGCUGACUCCGCAGGAGACGGUCCUUGUGCUUGCUGGACACUCUGGGACAUCUUGAAGCCUUCUUCACUGCAGUUGAACCUCUUUCCUUUCUUCUUGAAGUUCUUGAUGAUCCAAUAAAUGGUUCUUUCAGGUGCAAUAUUCUUUGCAGCAAUUUCUUUGCAUGUGAGGCCAUUUUGAUGCAAAGCGAUGAUGGCUGCACAUUUUAUUUUAAAGGUAACCAUUGCUAACAAGAACACAAUGAUUGGAAGCACUUCCCUCCUUUUAUAGCAAUCAGUCUGCUCUUAUAAUCCAAUUAGAAUGAUAGAGUGAUUUCACAUGACUAGUACUCGUUCACACUUUCCCAGGUGCUGCUGAUAUGAGUAGUGAAAUGAUGUUAGCUGGUCAUUUUGUGCCAGGGCCAAAAAACAGUGAAAUUUGGGUUUUUGUGAUAAAGUUAAUUUUUUUGGCCAAUGAAGCUCUUUGCAAUUACCGUAAUUUCCGGACCUGAAUAUAAGCCGCACCCACUGAAUUAAAAAAAAAAAAAACGGACGGACGGACAGACAUCUAGUGUUGGCACAUAGAAUUCCUCACGCUGCUGUUUCCAACGUCUUAUCAUCGACUCAUUAAGACCAAGCUCCCGUGCAGCAGCUUUAUUUCCUUUUCCAACAGCCAAAUCAAUCGCCUUCAACUUGAAAGCUGCAUCAUAUGCAUUUCUCCGUGUCUUUGCCAUGAUGAGGGUGACAAAAUGACUACCGUAAUCAGAAUGAUGGAAAGUUUGAGCGCGCUCGAUUUAAUCUAAACAGUAAACAAAAAAGUUGUUUGACCUUAACCCGUUCGGCAAUUUCAUUGGUCUAAUGAAAGCUUCUUGCCGCCAAAAAACUGAGCAUGUCACAUAAUUUUUUUAUUUAUUUUUUAAUAAAAUUUGAAAGCGUGGAAAAUCCAUAUAUUAGCCGUGUCAUUGUUUUAGCCGCGAGGUUCAAAGCGUGGGAAAAAAGUGCGGCUUAUAGUCCGGAAAUUACGGUAUUUAAAAUGCAUCUGAUCACUCUGCAGAAUAAACUAGAAACAAUGUGAAUCAAAACCACAACAACUGAAGCAGAAAACUUUGCAAAAACACAAAAUAGAUUUUUGGUCACUGCCAAUACUUUUGGCCAUGGCUGUAUUUAUAGACAAGUAUAUGGUCCUGUGUGGCCCUGAGAAAAUAUACAAUGUCUAAUUUCUAUGAUUUAUUUCAUAGCAGUCUUGGGGAGUAACUAACUAAAAGUAAUGAAGCUACUAACUUAACUAUAUUUUUCCGUAGCGUGACAGUAGCUCCGCUAUUUUCACAAAAGUGUAGCUUUUCCAUUAAUGAGCUACCUUUUUACGACGAAUAGCACUCUGUGUUGCCAGUGCAGCAAUGGAGCCGACAGAGCAAACAUAUGCACCCACCUAACCGCCCUCUCUCUCAAGUAGAGCUGGAAAAACCAAAUAAUUUAAGUGAAUCAUUUCUUUCUGAUAAUUCAUGUAAAUGAACCGGUUAAAAUAAACAAUUCCCUUAUAUUUAGCGUGGGAAAGUCUGAUUAAUUUUAGUGAGUCGGUUCUUUCGGAAGGUUCAUUUAAAUAAAUUGUACACUGAAAUGAUUCACUGAUUCAAUUGAGCACCAUUGAGCACACUUUUUUAAGGGACUUAAAGCCUUCUUUCUUGAAGUGAUAUAUUUAGGUAAUUGCAGGGAUGGACUGGCAAUUGGGACCACAGGGACUUCUCCCAGUGGGCCACUCAAAAUACUUCCCCUCAUGUCACCCUAGUUAAAGGUGUACUCAGUCAUUUUUUGAAUAUGUCAACUUGGACUUGCACACUUGCAUAUAGCAGCAUUCAAACAUAACAGUUUUGAGUUACCAGUGAUAUUGUGGAACUUCACUAUUCACAGAUAGCCAUGAUUAAUUUAAUCCAUGAGUGAGUGUCCAAUAACAGGGCGGUUAUUGAGAUUAAUGGUGCGCUUAAGCCCUUCUCGGAAGUUACUCUUGUUACUCACAAGGCUGGAAAUCGUAAAUAAAAUUUGAUGUGUGUUCAAGUGAUUUUAUUUGGGAUUGGCACUGUUUUGCAAUUUCAUCUUUUUCUCUUUGUCACUUACUAGCCAAGGCAGGACUCUUUAUUUUUAGUACCAGUGCAACAAAAUGAAGAGCAAAACCACACAUUUGGUGUGUAAUUGGUGUUUUGUCUAUUUUAGCAUACUUGUGUGGCCAUGGAAAUAUAAUCAUAAAAAAUAAUAAAUAGCCUACCUUUUCACUUCAUUAACCAGCUAAAUGAGGCUCAUACAAAUACAUAUACACACACACACAUUUUUUUUUUAAACAGACAAGAGGAAACACAGGAAUUUCUACAAAAUAAAAUCAUACAUUAUCAUAAAACUACAAACCUGCCCCUCCCUGAGAACCUUCUAAAAAGGCUAAAUAAUUGUCCCAUUUUUUUUAUUAAAUAAAUCCACGUUACCCUAGCCUUCUAUAUGACAUUCCUUCAAAUGCCGCUUUUAAUGAAAUUUGAGUGCCCAAUAAGUCACACAUAAAACUUAUCUUAACACAUCACCAAAAAACAUGGAUUAUGUCUCCAUCUUCUGAUUGGCAUCGCCAGCAGGGUGGGUGUUUCUUUAAGACCAAGCCUAUACACUCUAGAGGGGGUACAUCUUAAAUUGCACAAGGCGCACUCUUGCAUCUCUAGAUGCAGACUUUUGUUUUGGGAAUCCUAGCCCACUCUCCCUCCUCCAAUACCAAGUUUACAAUUUUCUCCCAUAAUCUCUUGAGAUAAGUGGAAGCUCUAUCCCCCAGACUCUGCAUUAGCAAGGAGUAAUACACUGAUGCCUCUGACCUUUACCAAAAGCAUUAAUCACCACUCCCAAAGUAUCUUCCACUUUAGGGAGGUGUAAGCUACUCCCAAAAAUUGUACAGAGCAUGUGGCUCAGCUGUAAAUACCUAAAGAAUUGAGACCUGGUUGGUGGGGGUUCUGGAUUGCAGGGGCAGGCUAAGUACAUACAAAUUGUGCCAUUGUGAUUUAAUGUGCUGAGUAACGUCAUUUUUCCCAACCGUGUCUGGUAUUAAAAUCAGUGCGACACACUUUUCAAAAGGUGUGGACAUUGUCGAUGUGGUUUCAAGAUAUGAAAUUCCAUUCUUCCAUCCAGCUGUUGUUAAAUUUACAUAUAUAUUUUGUUUUUUCUUCGCCGGAGCACCACCUGAGUCUUCUCCUCCCAUCUACCAGUGAUGCUUGUUUCAACUUCCGCGUCUACAACCUGCGCAGAUAUCAACAGGGCAACUGGGUUGUAGGUUGCCAGGUUAAGGUCAUAAAUGGGUUGAAAUUUGUAUGAUGUGUCUAUUGUGUGAGUAGUAUGCGUUUCAUACAAGAUCUGGCAACUGGACAUCUUUGGAAUAAUAUAUUGAUGUGAUUAUUCAUAUAACGAUGGCUAAUGAGCCAAAUAUCAGACCGAAUGCAUAUAAAUAAAACAAUAUCUUGUGUAGGCCUAGCCCACCUUUGUCUAUCGGCCUAAGUAACUUAAUAAAAUGUAAUCUAGGAUGCUUACCAUUCCAAAUGAAGGACUUCGCUCUUGUAAUGUUUAUGUGUGUGUACAUUUAUUUCAUGUCUUUUAUUUUGAAAAGUUUAGUUCCUGUAUCCCUAGUCAUGCGAUUCCUGUUUCCCUCCAUGUUCAUGUGUCUUAUGUUCAUUAGUUUAUUGUCUUGUUACUCAUUAUCAGUUCUAGUUUGUCAUUGGUUUAAGGUUAUUAGUCUUUCUAUCUUGUUUAUAGUUGUCUGUUUAUUGGUUUUCUUGUUAUUGUUUUACCCAGUGUCUGUGUAUUUAUGCCCUAAUUUUUGCCAUUGUCUCUUGUCAAGUAUUGUUAAUUGUUAACCUUGUUUGCUAAGUCAAGUUUAUGUUCAUGUUAAUUGUUCAUGUUUAUGUUUAGUUUAGUUCAUGUCUAUUGUGAGGGUUUUGGA